CCUUUUAAAUUGAAGCGGCGGCGGCGGCGGGGGCGCGCGUGUGUGUGCGCGCGCGUGGCUCGGGGGCGCGCACGCCCGCCCGCCCAGCUCCUUCAGCGCCGGGGGCGCGCUGCGGGAUGCCCGCGGCCAGCCAGGGGUUGAGGCUGUGAAGAGGAGGAGGAGGAGGAAGGCGGCUGAGGAUGGCGCCGGUGAGCGAGCAGCCGGCGCCGCAGGGCGAGGGGGGUCCCGCGGGCGCCCCCCCGGCGGGGCUGCGGCAGGAGAACGGCGGCGAGAGGGGCCCGGCGGGGGCGGAAGGGGGCGGCGGGGCCGUGCCCCAGCCCCUGCCCCGUGAGGAGGCGGCGGCGGCGGGAGCUGGGGAGGGUCCCGGUGCCGGUCCCGCCGAGCCCCCCGAGGGCGGCUGGGGCUGGGUGGUGAUGCUGGCUGCCAUGUGGUGCAACGGCGCCGUCUUCGGCAUCCAGAACUCGUGCGGCGUCCUCUUCGUCUCCAUGCUCCAGCACUUCGGCGGCAGCGAGGACCGGCAGAUGGCCUUCAAGACAGCAUGGGUGAGCUCUCUUUCUAUGGGAAUGGUCUUCUUCUGUUCUCCAAUAGUCAGCAUAUUCACAGACCUGUUUGGUUGUCGAAAAGUUGCUGUUAUUGGAGCUGCAGUAGGGUUUGUUGGACUCCUUUCAAGUUCUUUUGUAAGCACCAUUGAACCUCUGUAUUUCACCUAUGGAGUCUUAUUUGCCUGCGGCUGCUCAUUUGCCUACCAGCCGUCUUUGGUCAUUCUUGGGCACUAUUUCAAGAAACGCCUUGGACUAGUGAAUGGCAUCGUCACUGCUGGCAGCAGCUUAUUCACUGUGACACUGCCCUUCCUCUUGAGAGUUUUGAUUGAUUCUGUUGACCUGUUCAACACCUUACGGGUCCUGUGCGUCCUCAUGUUUAUUCUGUUCCUGGCUGGCUUUACGUACAAACCCCUCGUUUCCAACGCCAAAGACAAGGAGGUAGCAAAGAAGGGCAAGUUCAGAUUUCCUCCUGAGAAAAAGAUUUUCAAUUUCUCCGUUUUCAAAGUUAUGAGUUACCGAAUCUGGGCUUUUGGGAUUCCAGCUGCACUUUUUGGCUACUUUGUGCCUUAUGUCCACUUGAUGAAGCAUGUGAAAGACAGAUUUGGUGACAAUGUGCGAGAAGAAGUGCUGCUGCUGUGCCUGGGCAUUACUUCAGGAAUUGGCCGAUUGAUUUUUGGCAGAGUUGCCGAUUAUAUUCCCGGUGCGAAAAAAGUUUAUUUACAGGUGGCCUCAUUCUUCUUUAUCGGCUUGAUGUCUAUGAUGAUUCCACUGUGCCAUGUCUUUGGAGGUCUCAUUGCUGUCUGUCUCUUCAUGGGCCUGUUUGAUGGGUGCUUCAUUUGCAUUAUGGCUCCUAUCGCCUUCGAGCUUGUUGGGGCUCAGGAUGUCUCCCAGGCCAUAGGAUUUCUCCUUGGACUCAUGUCAAUACCUAUGACAGUUGGUCCACCCAUUGCAGGUCUGCUUCGUGAUCACCUAGGUACCUAUGAUGUAGCAUUCUACCUGGCUGGAGUCCCCCCACUUAUCGGUGGAGCUAUUUUAUGUAUCAUCCCCUGGGUCCACGAACGGCAGAAGUUAAAAGAAAGAGCAAAAACUGUUGACGGAGAAACUACUGAGAAAAUGCUGGAAAAUGAAAGCACUUUGGUGUCAGAUGCUGCAGAAAAAACAGUCAAAGAAAUGGAAUCAGGUUUUUGAUGCUUUCUUUUCCUGUACCAGCAUAACUUUAUUCUACCAAAGCUAUGUUUCUACUUUUUGGCUGGAGAUACUAUAUGAUACUAAAGGACUUCUGAACUAUUGCUCAAAUUGCAAAACUGCUCUAAGAAUCUUUUAUACCAUUGGACUUCUUUUGAUGAGUCGUUGAGUUUGAUUUCAAGCCACAUUUUCAAGGUAUUUGAAGUUUUGUAGCGUUAGUGUGUACAUGCGUAGUGAUUCUGUGUGUGAAGAGAAUAUUUUUCUAAUUCAUCAGAAUGUAUUUCUGGAAGUGUGGAAGCUGUUUUUGGUUCACUGACCCAGGAUUAUUCAGUAACUUUUAUGGUCCACUCAAUGCAGGCACACCCAUGGGUGUUUUAUACUGGAAUAUGUAGUAGCUCGUAAAACUGACUUAAUUUGUGAAGUUUCUCAUGCUGUUUUACAGUCUUUCAUAAUUCUAUAUCAUGGACAUGAAUAUGCAUCUUUUAGAUUCCCUUAGCUCUUUCUGAAAUCAUUUUGCAUUACAAGGCUAAAUUAUUAAACAUCUGUUUUAUUUUCUCUAAAAACCUCAGCUGGCUCAGUUCAAUCAUUCACCUGUUUUUUGCAUUGAUUCGUAUUUUUCACAGUAGCCUCAACAAAGAACAUCAAGGAUGAAAUUUCGUAUGGGAAUAGGUUUUGAAUAUGCACAAACUGAGCUCAGAAUGCAAACACAUUUAGAAGUAAAGCUGCUGAAUGAUAAUCAUUGAAACCUUUUUUUUGUUUUGUUAAUGCAAUACUAUUGUGUGUGUACAUAUAUCUAUUUUCCGCUAAACCUCAGAAUACCUGAUAGUUCUGAAAUUGUACUGACAGCAGUACUUUGGAGCAGUAUUGUGAAUUAGUCUAAAUUUCAAAUUAUUCUAUUGUACCUUUUAGGUUUUUAUUUUUUUUAUUCUUAAAAACCAGACAGCUUUAAAGAAUACAUCUUAAGUGCAAUAAUAUGAAGUUGUUUUUAACAUGUGGAAAUAUACAUGAGCUAUUAAAACAACAUUCAACAAUUAAAGAUUUUUGCACUGAGUGAACAUGCAGCUUUAUUAUGGGUCUUUACAGCUGUGUUCAGUUGUGUGUAGGAUACAGCUCCGUAUUUUAUUCAAAUGUAAAGAAAUGUCUUUGCGUGUCCUAUCUGUUGCUUACCAUCCUAAAAUAUGUCCCUAUUACUUCUGUAUUCUUAGGUAUUAUGUAUUAUUUGUCAAGUGUGUAUUUCUGAACACCUCUUUCUCUGAAAAAAUAUUUGAAAGCACGAUACUUUGAGAUGAAAACAGCAGUUUAAGAUAAAACACUUCCAAGUUGUUCCAUUGUUUAUUUGUGGAUAUGGAUCAGCAACGCAGUGGGAAUACUUAAAUACUCUUUGCUUCAAGUCCAUUUAACACCGACCAUUUUCGUCGUCUUCAGAAGUGUCAUAGCAGAGUAAACUAAAUGUGAUCUUCAAGACUAAAUGCACAUUUAAAUGCAUUUUCUUAAUCAAUGACAAUGCCUGUUCUUUACGCAGGGGGAUAGUGUUUUAAAAUUAUAACAUUUAAUAUCCCUUCCAUUUCUGUUGUUUUUCCCUUUUUCCAGCAUUGUAGGAAACUGCUCAGAUAGCCCGUGUACGUUUGUGGGGUAUGAAACAUUCUGUUAGCAGUACCAUUGCUGAGUGUUUACAUCUAUCAAAACGCAAAGUCCUUUAAAUAUAAUCAUGCAGAGCAUCCUAAUUUUUGCAGACCGGAGCUGAUACCUUGUUUUUAUUGUAGAAUUUCAAUCCCUGUCUCACGUGAGUAAGGCUGAAGGGAACUGGAUUUUAAAAUGUUAAUGAGGUAUGUGGAGGUAGGAAAAAAAACAGUCCUUAGACAGAGGUCCCUUCAGAUCCACUGGGACUUGUGCUGCUUCUGCAUGUCCUACAUACUUCUAAAAAUGUCACUAAAUGUUAAUAGUAUUGUUAAUUAAAGAAACUACAAAGUGCUGCCUUCAUUACCGAAACGAUAACAACAGCCUAUGCUGUUCUUGUCUGGGUAUUUCUGCAGAACGUUUUAUUCAGUAUUAUCUUCUAUGUGGGCGAUGCAAGAAAUGGUGAUUAAGAUGUUGAUAAAAGUCUCUUGUUUCCUAUUGCUUUAUGAAAAAUUAUUCAUCACAGGUCUUAAAUUUCACAUGUUUAGCUUUGUGGGUUUUAAACCAAAACUAAGGCUGCUUUUUAGCACUAAUGCAAUUUUAAAUUAUUUUGACAAGACAUCUUGACAUAGUUAUGGCAUCUUCCUGACUUGGUGCUCGGUAGUAUCUAUAUAAAAUGUCUGGGAGAGAACAUAAAGUAAUUGCUGUUAAGUUUUAUAAACAAUAUAGAAACAGCACAACAUUAAUAUGGAUUAAUGAUUGCCAGACUCUUUAAGGACAUGCCUGUAAAUAAAAAUCCAAACGCUCAUAUCUGAGUAACUGAAAAUGUAAAUUAUUUUAAUAAAUAUGAACAGCAUUAAAAAAAAAAAAAGACUUCAGGGAAAGGACACAAUGAAUAAUCAUUCAGGCGUGACUACUAUGGUGUUUAAAAGCAGCUAGUGAACUUAGGGUGUCAAGGGAGAGGGAUGCGGAGUUAGGGUUAAUGAAGCUAUGUUGGUGUGAUGAUGCUGGAAUAAUGAAGCCAUUUCUGAUGCUAGUGCUUGUUUUACAACAAUGCUGAAAUUGGAAGGGCCUCAGAAAAAUGUGAAAUUUCAUAAAAGUUCAUUUAAAAAGAAAAAAGUUAAUGCAUGAGAAUUUUGUUAGCUUCUUUACUGCUAGUUUGUAUUUAUGGGGGAGAUGUCCAACAGAAAAAGCUCUGUAUUGGACACAAGCAUGGGGACUGUGUCCUAUAAGGUAAGAAGCAGUUAAAAUAAAGUUCAGAUUGUUAGCAGUGAGGCUGAUUAAACAUUGAGAAACUUGUAUAAAGAUAUAUAGCAUUCUGUGUCUCCUGAGGUUUUAAAAAUGAGCCUGUCUCCCCUUUCAAAAAAAAAAAAAGUAAAAAAUAAUUUAAAAAACACAACACAAAUAGCAUCUAUUUAGUACGCUUAAGAAAAAAUGACAGCGUGAUGUAGAAAUGUUUGUUACUCUGAAAAGUGGAAAAGCACCGAAUUGUCAAUUUUGAAUAAAUGUAAAUUGAUUUUUGUAAUGAAACUUAAUUAGGUAUGAAAACCUGGUCAUAAAAAACUUGUCGAACUCAUGCUUUGAUGACCUGAUUUAUGUCAGAUUUAAUCUUGUUCAGGAUAGAUUCUAAGCUCAAGAUACUACUUUAGUUCGAAAGAAACCCUUAAAUCAUUCAAAGCUCCAGAUGUAUCCUUCUCUUAAGAAAAGUUCAUAGUUUUGUAUACAUUGCUCCCCCAUCCUAUAAACAGAAUCAUCUCCCUCCUUUUAACCAUAAAAUAUUUUCAGGGGAGGCUUCAGAAAAAAUUGGGUAGAAAGAAAUUCAUUUAAGAUGUUAGUGUGCUGAAAUUUCUAGCUCUACUCUACCGUAACUUAAUGCUCCAGAUCUUGAAACCAACACUAAUUUUGAGCCAGGGGUUAGUUUUAUGAGAGACUGACUCUUGUGAUGUCUCUUCAGGAGGCAUGAGAUCCUUGUAGAUCCUAAUAAAUUCGUUGAGCAAAGAGUCUGAAAUAUUGAAAAACCAUCAGAUUCUUAUUCACAUCUAUGCUAUGCAACAAUACACAAGGCAUAAUUUAUAAAAAGUAUUGUUGGAUUUAUUCUGGCUACAUAUUUGAAGACUGUUGAAGUACCAAUCGAAUGUACUCAUUCAUUUCGAAUGAAUGUACUCUUACAUAGAUUUUUUUUUUUUUAACCAGCCCCUUUUUUACAUUUCAAAAUUCUUCCAACUUUUCCUCCAAUGACUACUCAUGGACCUCCCUAAAUUGUGAAGUCAAAGAUAAAGAUGACAUAGCCAUGAGUUCUCUGGUCCAGCUGUAGGGGUACAUUUGCUAUCAGGUGAGGUAAUCAAUUGACAUUUUUCUCCUUUGGCUCCUCAUACUUUGUUUGGUCAUAAACAUUCCUAAACUCCCUUUGGAGACACUGGAUUUUCAGUUGAUGCCCAUCAUGUUGCGUGUGGGCUGGCACUUUUUCAGCCUCCCUGUUCUCAGACCUCUUCCCUGCAUUAAACCUUAGCGUAGCCAUAGCCUGAUAGAUCAGGCAAGUUUCUGUGAAGUGAAGGAUGAGGCCAAGUCAACUCAGAAGGACGCGAGGGCAGUUUUCACACAUACCAGACGAGUGCUUCAUGUAUAAAAUACGGACACUACCAUUUCAAAGCAGAAACGCCCUGCUCAGUUACUUGCAUCGGAAAGCGCGUGUCAGAGGGGCAGGAGAUGCUUCCUUGCAGCCCUGAAGGAGGUGCCUGAGGACGCGAAGGAACACCCCUAUCCUUAGGAUCAUCCCUGGGGGUCAGCUGGAGCAGCUCAGGCAGGCUGGGGCUCCACCACAGGGGUGGUACAGAAGCAGAUUUCGGACACCACGACGCUUCUGUCAGAUCUGGCCCCCCGACAACGAGUGCAUCUGCCUGCCUGUAUGUACACAUAAACACAACACGUUUUGGCCAGGGCAUACGCAACCAUCCUGCAUUUAACUACAGGAGCACUGGAACGUGGGAGACGGCUGAGAAAAUAAUUUCCCUUGCCUGUUUCGCUGCUGACAAGCAUAGUGCCCUUGCAAUUCCAGAGUGGGCUUCUGGGAACGUUAACCGGCAUAUUUUCGGUAUGCCUCGUAGUCUUUUCUGGAUGGUGUCAGCGUUUUAAAUGUCUCAGAACCAUGUAUGCUUAGAGUGAUUUUAUACUAAAACAUGUGCUAAUACUGAUAACACUGACAUGUUUAAGUAUCUUUAUAGAUGUCAUAUUUUGUAUGUUGUUUUUGAUAUAAAGGAGACACGUUUUGCUAGCCUUAACUCCGUUCUUUAAAACUCUGCUUUCUUAGAAACGUUUGAAAGGAAAAAAAAAAGUGUCUAAUGUCUUUCAUGGUGCUAAAGUAAUUGCGAUCAAUCUCAAAUUAUUCAGAAUAAAGAUGAUAGUUCUUAAGUG